AUGAAUCAAAAACUAGUAGGACUUGUGUGCCCUAAGCGAAACAAUAAUUCAUUAUACAAACAUGUUAAGAGCCGGUACCUAGAAAAAGACAAGAUUGAAAAACAACGACAAGAUAAACCAAAACAUGAAUAUCUAACCAGAAUUAAAGAAAUAGAUUCGAAUAACGCAAUAGAAAAUAUAGAAUUCGACUUUCAGAAGAUAAAAAAUGAUCGCGUACAAUGGAUUUCACUGGCUGAUAAAUGUUACAUUGAGCUGUUGGAUUAUGAUACAUAUUUAGAUUUUAUAAAUUUAAUCUUUAUUUUGGACGAUAGACGACAGAAAAAAAACAAAAAGUACAAAUGUGGUCCCUCUAUCAUAUCAGAACCAACACUACUAUCAAAUCUACAUGAUUUAUUGAAGUUUAGUGAAUCGCCAAUUGACAUGCUUCAGGUCACAUUCAUAGUCAACCGGUAUAGGACAAAACAUAGCAUAAAAGACACGAUGAAUCAAUGGUUUACUUUACCGGAGAAUGAUUGGUUAUGGGUGGCCGAAGUAAUUAUGCUUGGUGCUCUUGCGUUUGACAGUAAAACCCACAACAGUAACGGUGACAAUGACAAUAGGCCAGAAUCUGCUGUGUUCUGGUACGCGGGCGGUGUAUUUUACUGCCGCAAUGGAUGCACGGAAAUUGCUAUGGAGUACCUUGAGAAGGCACGAACCAUUGCCAACGGCCCUAAUAAACUGAUAUUUCCAUCGGUGCCUUCAGACUUACAUAUUGAAAUGAAAAUUGGAAAAUACGAACAGUUUGUUAAAGAGCCAUACAGCGUGUGGACGUUGGCAUGUCUGCAUCUAAGUGGUCUAUUAAAAAAAACCGCAAUCCGUCAAGAGCCAAAGACGGCGCUGAAAACAUUAAAUUACGCUCUUAAAUUGCUAAAAGCGUCGAGUGAACCGGAUAGUAAACCAAGGAUUUUAAUUGCGGAAGUGUAUUACGAUAUAGGCCUCAAAUACAAAGCGAUCGAUUCAACUAAGCUCUCGGUACAUGCUUUUCAUAAAUGCUUCAUAUAUUCUGAAAAUGUUCAUCGUGAACUGGAUCUGAUGGCGAAAUUCAUGGUGAUGAGGGUCAGUCAAAACCCGCCGACAAAUUGGUCUUAUUUGGAGUUGAAAGAAGAAGCAAAAAAUAGGCUAAACCUUCGUGUGCUUGUCAAAGCGAUUGUGGCGCUUGGGAUGGUAGCACAGAAAAAAGAACAGUUUGAAGACGGUUUUCACCAUUUUGGAGUGGCUGAAUGGAUGAGCAGAAACAAGACAAUCGAGCAAAAUGUUGAUAGUUUAGAUAUAGAAAUUGCUAUAUUCAAUAUGGCCAUCUGUCGAACGAAACGAUUCAUUCAAUUGUUUCCUAAGCCGAAUAAUUAUGAAGCACGAUUCCGGAUGAAUGACAACAAUCAGUGGACAUAUCCCGAAGAAAAAAUCAUGUAUUGUAAAGUCGAAAAGGAAGUUCGAGAGUUGUAUAAGUUGUUUAAAUUCCAUUUUGAUGAUUCAGACGAGAACGAGAAGGUUUUGGAAGAAGAAAGCGAGGAGUGUUUUGAAAAUAAUGAUGAUUGUGAUGACGAUCAGUUAUCUAUUUCUGAAAUGUUGAAAAAUACGCCCAACCUAACUAUUUCAAGUUUAAAUUAA